AUGCGAUCAAGCCGCUCCACCCCGAGCGGCGACCCCCUUCCGAAUCUUCUCGGGAGGCUGUGGGAAGGGCAGUCUAUCCCCACCUCAUCCCCUCCCCUGGCCUGGCGCUUGAACCGGGCAGCCGAAAAUACCCCGCACGAGGCCUCGCUGCCCACGUUGGCGCUGCCUCUGGAAAGUUUUGGGCUGCUUGCUCAGUCUUUUUGGGAAGGCUUUUGCCCCGAAAGGUGGCACAGAGACGAGAGUAUUAUUAGUGAGAGCGAGAGCAAAAGGAACGGGGCUUGGCCAGCCCAGGAGGAGCAACGGGGACCGGAAUUCGCCCAGCGGACAGCUCUGCCGAUCGGAAGACGAGCCCAGCGGCGUGUCGGCGAAACCGUUACCAUUACUGAGUUUAGUAAUGCGCAGCACGAUGGGGCCGCCGUCCGGCGGGCCGCGGAGCCGCCCCCGACCGCCGCGCCUCUGUCCUUGUCCGCUGCAGGCGCCGGCCUCGGCCUGGCUGCGCCCCUGCGGCCCUACGGGAACGACGCCGCCCUGGAGCGCCUCCUCGGGACCUGCACGGAGGGAGGCCGCGGCCUGCUCGGCCAGCACCCGCCGCCGCUCCGCGCCUCCGCAGCCGAACAAGAGAAUUUGCUGCAGCAACAACCCGAUCAACCGGACAACCCCAAGAUCUUAAAGGUUGCCAUUAUCGGAGCCCCAAAUGCUGGCAAAUCAACCCUGACAAACCAGCUCCUGGGACGGAAGGUGCUGCCGGUCUCCAAGAAGGUGCACACGACGAGGUGUAAUGCCCAGGGCAUCAUCACGAAGGAGGACACACAGCUGAUCAUCUUGGAUACUCCUGGCCUCACCACACCUCAUAAAGCGAAAAGGCAUAACUUGGAGAAAUCGAUGCUACACGAUCCCUGGAAGAGCCUGGAGGCAGCAGACUUGGUGCUUGUCCUUGUGGACGCGUCGGAUCGCUACACCCGGCACCAGCUGGCCCCGCAGGUCCUCAGGUGCCUCACCUCCUUCCCGCAGGUUCCCAGCAUCCUUAUCCUCAACAAGGUGGAUCUGCUGAAGAGGAAGGCUCUCCUCUUGGACAUGGUGGUGCAGCUCACUCAGGGGACGGUUGGUGGGAAGACGCUGACCAUCCAGUCAGUGCUCGGGCCGGACGCCUCUGCCCCCAGCGAGAGGAGCGUGCAGAGGCAGGCGAAGGCGGCCAAGGCCGGCUGGCCCCACUUCGAGGAGAUCUUCAUGCUGGCCGCCAUCAGCCGCGAGGAGGUGGAGCUUCUCCAGAAGUGCCUCCUCAGCCGGGCCAAGCCAGGCCCCUGGGAGUUCCACAGUGAGGUCCUGACCAGCCAGUCCCCGCAGGAGGUCUGUGACAACAUCAUCCGGGAGAAGCUCCUCGAGUACCUGCCCGAGGAGGUGCCGUAUACGGUGAAGCAGAGGACAGAGGCCUGGGGGGAGGGCCCCUGUGGGGAGCUGGUCAUCCUGCAGAACUUGCUGGUCCAAAAGGAGACCCACAUGAAGAUGCUGAUCGGCCCCCAAGGCCGGAUGGUCAACCAGAUCGCCCAGGAGGCCGGCCAGGACCUGAUGAACGCCUUCCUAUGCGAUGUGCGCCUGAAGCUCUCCGUGCAGCUGAGCAAGAAGUGAGCUCCCCGCGGGCCGGGGCGGCCGAGGGCCUUGGCCCAAAGGACUCUGGGACUGCCGGGCGCUCGGCCCGGCCCUUGGCCGCCCCAAAGAGGGCAGGAGCCCCGUGAGCGGGGCGGCCUCAGUGAGUGGCUGGCUUGCCCGUCUCUGCCCCCGGGACGAGCGCAUCGGGCAGAGACCGUCCGCAGGGCCGCUGGGCGUCAGUGAGGGACUCGGACGAGGCCGGGGCCCCGUCCUGCCGGACGGACGGGGGGAGCCUGGCCCAUUUCCUCGCUCUUCUGCCAGCACAGUUGCCGGGUCGCGUGGCGCGGCCCCUGGGUGCGGUGUGCAGGUCUGGCAGCCGGCCUCGCCAGUCCGAUUCCCCCACCUCCUCCAGUUUGGUGUCCCCCUGGGCUCUGCUGGGGGACGGACGAGGGGGUGGCUUGAAGCCCCGCUGCCUUUAGGGCUUCUCUGGAGCAGAGGAUGCCCGUGCAAGAUGGUGGCCGCAGAGACCCUGACCCGGCUUCCCCCAGCGUCUCUCUGCUCGGUCCUGAUUGUGGGCUUUAUUAAGGGAGUGGGCGCUUUGCCAUGCCCCGCCCCGUGGGUUCACUGUGUGGGGUUGCGAUGCGGUGCCGCAAAUCUCGGAAGCCCCCUCGUGCGGGAGCAGCCGCUAAGCUUUGUCUGAGGGUGCCGGCUGCCGGCUCGCCCCUGGCCCACGUCCUCCCAGCGGGACGCGCUCUGGGCUCUCCAAAGGGAGCGUCCUGUGAUAAAACGCGGUCGCGCCCCUCUCCUCCAGCCGCAGUUUGCCACCCGGGGAGGCGGCCUGCCCCCCUCCCCGUGCUUAGAGGACGGCCGGAUGGCGCUGAGCCCCACCGGGAAGGCACUGGGCACGGGGGCAGCCCUCCAAAGAGGCCUUUCCAGCCGGACUGCAGGCGCCGUGUCUCGCUGGGGUCCGUGGCGGCCCCACUGUGUGCAGCCGUCUCCCACCUCCCCCAAAGAAUAAAGAGUUCCUAUGAA